AUGCAUUAUAUAUCACGAUGUAUGUCGGAUCCAUCCUUUAUUUUGCCACAAACAUUACCUUCUCAAACUUAUUCAGAGGCUGCUGGUCGUUUCAAUACCCCCAUCCACAGACAUAACACUGUCAAAUCUCCCGUCAUCGCCACUAGAGGUACCAUCCAGCCCAUCAUGUCCCCUGUCACAAGCCAUACUACCGCAUCUUCCUUCAACUCAAGGACAAAUACAACUCACUCUUCUGUCUCCUUAUCGCCACAAGAGAUGAAUCAAUACAGGCCUUAUUUUAAUGAACUGGAUACUGAUAAUUCAGGAUUUAUAGAUGCCGAUGAAGCUGUGUAUUUCUUUAGCCACUCUCGUCUUUCUGAUGCAGAGUUAGGCUUGAUUUGGGAAAUUGCUGAUAGCAGAUGCUUGGGAAAGUUGGACUUUCACGAUUUCUGUGUGGCCAUGCAUUUGAUAAACCUGCGUAAAAAUGGCGAAAGGAUCGACAUAUGUUCGUAUUACAAACAAGCCAAGAAAAUCAUAUCACUUACCCUUUUUUAUUUGCUCUAA